AUUAGUCAUUGAAUUAGCGUUAGGGUUGCUAGGCAACAUUGAUUGGACAAAUUGCAAGCAAGUGCAAUGUCUUUUGAAAUUCAAAACAGGACAAUAACUUCAACACGUAAUACACCGCCGUCUAACUCGGAAACGUUCGUCUUUUAAAUCUAAAGUGAUUUGGCACGGAAGGGUCGUGUAGUGGAGAAACGAUUAGCCGAUAUGUCCGCUACAAGUACAAGCGAUGACAAGGUAAAAGUAGGUCUGCAAAGCGUGCCUACACUGAAUGUGCAAGAUGCCGAUCACGACGCCAAUGAGAAUAUAAUAGCGAACAGCUCCGAGAUAGGAAGCGCGCAUAUGAAACUCAAAUCGGGUAUUAUCACCGAAGGAGACUCUAAAAGUCGUCAGCGAAGUGGAAGAAGCCGAAAUUCAAGUGCAAGAUCCAAGAGAGCAGGCACAGGCAAAAGCAAGUUGACCCCAGUGCCCAACCCAGCUGAAGACACAUCUAAGGAUGAGCUGCGUUCUGACGGAGAGCUCGUUGAAGAUAGCGACUACGAUACAGAUCUGGAGUUUGAAGAACCUCGAGAGGAAUAUGAUCCUACAGGUCGCAAAGCUUACCGAGAUGCUUGUUCCCAGCUUGGUAUCAUCCCAGUCUCCUUCGUUAUCGAGCAUAUUACAAGGGAAGAGAUAAACAUCAAACACCACGGCCUGGGACCUAGUGGCGCCCAGGCCAUCGCAUUUGCACUCAUGAGAAACACAACAACGACGACUCUAAACUUGCGAGAUUGCGCAAUAGGCCCCGAAGGCAGUGAAUUUAUCGCCAGAUUGCUGAAGGAAAACUUUUACAUCACUGAGUUGGAUCUUGGUCAAAAUAAGAUCAAAAGCCCUGGUGCCCAGGCUAUCGCAGAAGUGCUCACGGACAAUAACACCAUUAAGACUCUCAACCUAUCAUGGAACGAUUUCAAGGACAAAGAUGCUGCCUGUCUGGCGGAAGGAAUACGUGUCAAUCAAACGCUGACAUGGCUUGACUUAAGCCAUAAUGAGUUCGCUGAGGAUGCAGGGGUAUUAUUUGGUCCCGCCAUUGAUGCCAAUGGUGGACUAGAAUACCUUAACCUUAGCUGGAACCAUCUUCGAGGCAAGGGCGGGAUUGCUAUCGGAAAAGGGCUGCGUGCUAACUGCAGCCUGCAGACGCUGGACUUGUCUUGGAAUGGGUUCGCUGAUGAAGGCGCCGCAGCGGUUGGAGAAUCUCUCAGAGAAAACAACACGUUAAUUGAUUUGGAUUUAAGCAACAACAGGAUUUCUACUGAAGGAGCACUGGCGCUCAGCAAGGGACUUCAAAUCAACAACACUUUAAAAAUAUUAAGGAUUGGAAUGAACCCUCUCCAAAAUGCCGGUGCAUUUAACCUCCUCUCCGCCAUGAAAAACAACGUCGACUCAGCACUAGAAAAGAUCCUGCUCAAUAGCGUGGUAAUCAAUUUAGAGACUCAAGCCCUCGUGGAGUUCCUUCUGGGUCAACAUCCGGGGCUUACUAUCGCCUGCACUGUGAGCAAACGGUCUGGAAAACUAGAAGACGAACUCAAUGAACUUUACGGCAACAACAAGAAAACUGACUUAAUCUACAUUCUCAAGAAAUACGUCGAGGACAAGAAUUACCGGUUGGUUGACCUGUUUAACCAGUUUGACAAGGAUCAUAGCUUGUCAGUAACCAGGGACGAGUUCCGGCAGGGGUUGAAGGGCAUCGGAGUUCCCAUGGACGAUGAUCAGCUGACUAAGUUAAUUGACAUUUUGGACGAGGAUGGUGACGGAGAAAUUGACUACGGGGAAUUCACGUGGAUAAACGAAGUAGAGUAAAUUGGAGAAUCACUCGGCAAGCGAAGGCUGGAGCAUUCCCUAACUCAAUGCGUGCACUUAAUGAAAACCAGGCUCAGCAUUUGACAAAAUCAUAGUUGCUGGUGUAUUGGAAUCGUGUGCACCAUAAGCACUAAAAAGCGGCUUCUCGGACCACGUUAUGCCAUACAGAGUUAUUGACGAUAAUUUAUUAAUAUUUAUAAUUAAGCACAUCGAUAUAAAUAAAGAAACAAGUGUGAUUGCGGUAAACCUUACUGACUGUUGCCUAGUCCAGUCCAUGGACUCUUCUUUCUUCCCGCCCAUGUGGGGGUUGAACCCGGGCGGGCGAAAAGAGAGUUCAGGAUAACUUGCAUGCGCAUGUUCAGAACGAACCAAUCAAAAAUUGUUAGGCCCCAACCUUCCGAUUUGAUGUAAACAGCACAGACGACACGCUUGUCACAAGUAUAUACUACGCGGAAGGAUAGGAGAGUUUAGGGACUGGAGUAUAUAACUGUUGUCAAAAUGUUUUAAAGCGGUAUAAACGAACAUAUGUUACAAGCGAUAUAUAAAUUUAGCUUACUUCAAGGUGCCUUAGCGCGGUUCUUCAGAAAUUUGAAAACAUAAAUAUCCACUCCGCAUCUUUUACCGUAAAAAGUACUACUCGUCAUUCCAGAGAUCUUCCAUUAAGAAGAGAAAUAGCUGUAUGUUGGCUUAAUUUAUCAAAAGAUAUGUCGACUUUUAGUUAUCGGAGUUUCACAAAACUUUGCGCGAACUGAGUCUCUAAAUCGAUAUCGUCUCACAGAUGUCAUAUCAUAGCCAAACUACAAAUACUUAAUUUGACACAUUGCAUGUAAAAAACGAGUACCGCAGGUUUUAUAGAUAGCGGAGCUCAUGACAAAAAACACUUAAAGAGGUAUUUAUUUCAACGAGAGCCUGCUUACUGGAAGGAAGGCGCUAAAUGACAGUCCGCGAUUCUCUGACAAGUGCCGAUAUCAAAAACGUUACAUAACGUGAGCUUAGUAGAAAUUCAGAUAUUGACUGUCUGGGUCUUAUAGCUGGUUAUGUAAUAACCACUCGGUCUAAAACCGGUUGGAUCUCUACUUUACCUAGACAGAGGGCAACUCUGAACACAAAAAACUGUUGAAGAAGGAACUUAAGUUAAAGCACUUUGAGUAUGACCUUUACCAUAAGUUACAGGGCCUGUUCCUUGAGCUUAUGCAUCUGACGUAAAGUGAUACCAUUGGUUCAAAAAUUGCUGACCGUGCAAUACCUAUGCGUAGGGUGGUAAAGGGUAUUUUCGUCAUUUAUAAAUGGCCUUAUUUUUCCCUUCAAAUAUGAAAUGGCUAGGUUUUUUCCUUGACAAGCGUGAUUUCGUUAGUGGGCUCGGACCGUACUUUAUCAAAAUAAUUUUCUUUGGAAUGAGGAAUGAACAGUUCCAUUCAUCGAGAACUCUUAUUUUGAUUAUUUGUUCUAUUAUUUUUAGCACCUGUUAUUAUGUAAUAAACAUUGCGUAACCGCGAAAGCCAAUCCAUUUGAUCCCUUGCAUAAGCCUUUAGUGGAACACGAUUUUCUUGUGGAUAAAAGCAGCGGAGAAAUGGGCCCCUAAAAAAGUCGAACAAGCCUUUGGAAUUGGACAUAAAGUUCCAAAAUCUCAUUACUUUUGUAAGUUCGUGUGAAAAAACUAACUCCCCUUAUCGUGAUGCAUGAAAUGGCUAUUUUAUUUUCCGUGAGUUGUGAAAGGACCAUUUUUUUCUCCGCGAAACGUGUUCUAGACCUCCG